CCCCGUGAAGUUUAAAAGAAACCCUUUUCCCCUCCAAAUUCCCUGCCAUUUCUCAGCAAAGUUCGUCACUCCCAACUUCGCCUCGAAGCCGAUUGAUUCAUCGGAGGAGGAGAAGAGAUGGAGGAGGGAGCGAAAGGCACAGUGACCUCGCUGGCUUCGAUGUUCCCGGCGGACGAGGCUCAGAAGGCGGCGAAGCGCGUGCAGGAUACGAUCGCCGAGAAGCACCAAGAGCUCGACCGCGUUAAGGGUUUCAUCGCCGACAACGCCAGUCUCGUCAACCUUGUCCAGAAGCUCCCCGAGGAGCUUCAUCACGAUAUCAUGGUUCCUUUUGGGAAAGUUGCAUUUUUCCCUGGCCGUCUGGUCCACACCAAUGAAUUCAUGGUUCUGUUGGGAGAAGGUUACUAUGCGGAGAGGACAUCCAAACAAACAGUCGAAAUUUUGAGAAGAAGAGGGAAAGCUUUAGAAACCCACGUGGAUUCUCUUAAGUCAAUGAUUGAGGAUCUGGAAACUGAGGCCUUGUUUUUUGAUAGGACAGCUUCUGAUGCUGCUGAGGGUCUUGUAGAGAUAAGGGAAGAACUUUCUGGGGAAGAAUCUGAUGAAGGAGCAUCUGAAUCAGGUCGAAAAGAAGAUGCUCAUAGUGUCUCUGUGAAAGACAAGGGGAAAGUUCUAAAUGAAGAUGAAGAAUAUGCUCGCCUCAUGUCCAAAUUGGAAGAACUUGAGAAGGAAGAACUUGCAGCUGAGGCAGCAGAUAAUAUUGAAGAAGAGACAAAUGAAGUUGAUCCUGAUGUAGUCUCAGAGCAAAGUUCUUUCAAUCAAAAUCUAAAAGAUUGGGAGGGGUCUCAUUCAUGUAAACCUCCAAGCCACUCUGAAGAAGGACAAGCAAGUGAUGAAGAAUUCUUGAGUCGAAAGCGACAACAACCAGCUCUUCUAGAGAAAUCAAAUCCCAAUGAUCCCACAAUCACAUCUUCUCACAAAGACAAAACCUCCCAUGGGAAAGAGCCAUCGAAAAAUCUAAGAGAUCCCAAUGUUGCAGACAAGAGUCUGAAGCUUCCUGCAUUGGAGGGGAAUGAUCACGCAGGAUCAUCAAAUAAUGAGGUCUCUAUUCAACCUUCUAAACCAAAAUUUGAUAGUCUCAGGGCUUUUACUGGCUCUAUCAUUGAGCGUUCCCCCAAUCUUCCAAUUAAUCCAGGGGAGACCUCUUCAACUUCAUCACAGGUUCCUAGUUCUCAAUCUUCAAAACCUCAGUCCAGAUUCAGAAUGCAGAGGAGGUAGAUAGCGUUUUGCAGCUUCUUCAAGUCUGUUGCAUCUCAAGCAGCUUUCUGCAUGACAGUUUCAAGCAAAGCGCUCAAGGAUGUAGAGCAUGCAAUGUUUUGGACUAUACACUGGUGAUUAAUCCACCUUUGCCC